UAAUUACUACGGCAGCAUGCAUGACUGUUCUCUGCGAAAACACUACUUUAGUUCAUAACCAAAGUCUGCAACACGCUAAGAUAUUAACUUGCAUUAAAUGUUAACUUAGCUAUGAUACCUAUCGCCAGUUCACAGCAUGCAGCUAGCUAGCAAGUAAUGCGCUGUGUUAUUUAGUUAGCUAGCCACAUUUGGAACUGUGACCACAGGAACAUUAUGAUUUAACAGGACAUAUCUGGCUAGGUCCACUAUCUCAUAGCUUCGAAAGCCAUGUAGUCACUAGGGAUCUCUGUUUAGCUCGUCAAAUAUAGUGAUAUAGUGUGUCACGAUUCCUUUGACUUGACAGUAAUACAUGCAUGCAUAUCCUUUACACAGGCAUGCGCUUCGGAUUUUUUAGUGUAGAGGGAUUACAAAGUGGACAUUUAAUAACUGUGUUUGUGAGCGUGUUGUUGAGUACUUUAAUGCUCCCACUUUUGAGGACUGUGGGUUUGGGAGCAUUUUCCAUGGCGUCUGAGUCAUACUCAUCUGGAACACACUCCGCGGCCUUCGUUACCUGUCCCAACGAGCAGGUAGCCAAAGACCUGGCCAGAGGAAUGGUUGAGAAGAAACUGGCUGCCUGUGUCAACAUCAUACCGAAGAUCACAUCAAUAUACCAGUGGCAGGGAAAGAUUGAGGAGGAUAAUGAAGUGUUGCUGAUGAUUAAAACCAGAAGUUCAAAGGUCUCCGCACUGGCAGAGUAUGUGAGGUCAAACCAUCCUUAUGAAGUGGCUGAGGUCAUCAGUCUGCCUAUAGAUCAGGGAAACCCGCCCUAUCUGAAGUGGCUGGGUGAGGGCGUGCCGGAGUGAGUGCUCUCUUUCACCCCCUGUGGCCCUUAUGGGGAUGUGCGCUCACCGUCUGUUCAACUUGUGAUAAUGCAUUGGAGGGGGCCGGAACUGUAACCUUAAGCAAUAAAAACGAGUGACUAAACUGGAAA